GUUCUGGUUGUUACUUUUUUCGCUUAGUGGCCGACGUGCCGUCACCUCCCUCCAGAUCCGCGGCGAGAUAUCAGCUCCCUCCAGAUCCGCGGCGAGCUGUGAACGAGAAAAACGGAAGUAUGGAAUUGAAAUUUGAGGAGGUUGCUGCCCUAGACAAAGAUAACGUUAAUGGUGAAGAUGGAUCAAUUACAGUAAGAAGUGCGUAUCCACUGGGUCCUUGCCCUCACUUUGAAUAUACUGAGGGAAUCGAUAUGACAAAGAUCGAUGAGCUUAUGGCAGAAAGGUCUCUUUCCAUGGCCAAGUCCAGAGCAAAUGACAUAAUCAUCCCAGACCCUACUCCUGAGUGGGUGUGUGAUGACUUCUUCGACAAGUAUGCCAAAUUGGAGGCCAUCUUUUUAAAAGAUAAUGUCCGGUGCUUCCUCCGAUUAUUCAGGAACGGUGGGGCCAAGGCCAUGUCAUGGGAUCUUUCCAUCACAGCAGAAACCUUAACCUUCUUGGUCAGUUUCAAUGCCCUGCAAUGUGCACAACUUGUGUUGGAGGGCGAGGCACCUGAGCUCCGUGAGAUGCAUGCCAAUCCCAACUGCAUAAACAAAUAUGGAUACUUCCCGCUCCACCAAGCUGCUGAAAGGUUCUCUGUUGACAUGAUCAAGCUGCUUUUACGUCAUGGUGCAUCAGCCAAUGUACGCACAGUUGGCAAGGAAAUUAUUGAGGAUCUACUCCCGCUGCAUGUCGCAGUAGAGAAUACUUGCCUGCAUAAGUAUCUGGAGGACAAUCUGGAGGACAAUCUUUCUCCCAGCCUGAAUCAUCUGGAUUAUAUCUACAAUCUUAUCCGUCUGCUGUGUCUACCUGAAAUGAAGAUCUUCUUGGAUACAACUAGACUGCUUGCAGAAAAAACAAAUAAUCUACUUGAAGAGCUCUGGAAGUACAUUGAGGAUGGAAAACUUAUCCAGUCUGCAGUUCUACUACUGGCUACUCAAGAGCAGAUACGUGGAGGUUGUUCCUCCAGUAGUAAGAAAGAUGGGUUUGACAUUAUUAAGAGCAGUAUACUGAGGCUUUCAUUUGCCUUGAUAUGGGGGAAAGGUUCAAAUGAAAUGCCACAGAAGCUUCUGGAGGAAAUGAAGGCACUUCAUUGCACAGGGCUGCUUGUUGAUGUAAUUUCCCGUGUCGGUGAACCUCUUUCUGCAUACAUUCAAGCACAUUCAGAGGUGCCCCAUGCUGAGGUCUUGGAACAUGUUUCAUCUAUCCUGAAGGAGUAUGGAUUUUGCCCUACUGGAGAUUCCAUGGACACUUUAAACCUCCAGCCUUAUGACUGCAAAAUGUCGAACGGAGAGUCAUGUGGGUCUACAGAUGCAAACAGGGCAGCUAUGAAAACAGCCAAUCUGCAUGCUGCAAAGGAAAAGGCUGCGAGAAAGGAAGCAGGUGGAGGAUGGGAUCCCACAUAUGCAAGGAGAAGUUUUUCCCCAUAUUGGAGAUCAGUGUUACAAGCCCGGUUUCCUGUGAAGGUGUAUCCAGCCUAUGCAAGAACAGAUGCUAGGUCUGGGCUUGAUCUUGAACAACUCCGUGUCUCUCUGAGAAGCUUAAAGGGCAAUGGAUCUACUCCAACUCCAAAUAUAGUCCUUCCGGUGCGAAGGAUCUCACCACUUACAAAAAAUAAUCAACCCACAAGGCGCUUUAUCACUACUGCUACUGGUGCAUUCAAGCUCUUGAAGGCGCUAAAGUAGAGUAGAAAGGGGGCUCAACUUCUUGGAAAUAAUCGGGUUGAUCAGCAUCAUCAGCAUAACCUUGUCACCAGGGAGGCGAUAUGAGGUUUUAGACUGAUUCCUGACCAUAAUCUGUGAUUCGAGUCAUGUAGAUGUGGUGGUGUCCUGUAAUGUAUGUCAAAUGUGUGCGUGGUCUGUUCUAGUCUCGUCGCGGAAUAAGUCUGGAUGGAGGAAUUCUCUCGAAAAAGAGAAGACUGGAUGGAGAUGGCUCGUAACAUUGAGGUUUAGCCUUUGCACAGUUUCAAGUACGCUGGAAAAUCUGCGAUUUUGUUGUCUGCACCUCUCGACUGGACCGUGGCAAUGUUUAACGUUAUCUCUGAUUUUUUUUUAAACUUCAAUGUUGUACUAGCACACAUGUCCGUGUGUUGCAAUGGGAGAGGGAGAAAAAAUAUAUAUUUUGCAGUGUCAAAAAACGUCUUACAUUAUGGGACGGAGGGAGUAACUCUAAAACAUGUACUAUUAACAA